GAAACAAUCUGUCAACUAUCUUGGUAUUACUUUAUACAUAGCAAAAGCAUUCAUUUGAUUAUAAAUUAAGAUUUUGUGUACAGCAACCAAUGGACAACCUGACGUUCACAAACAGCCUUCUCCUCGUGGAGGGACUGAAAGUUACGCCUCAGUCUUCCUAUCCUAUUUUUUUCCUGAUUCUCUUGGUUUAUAUAUUCGCAAUGGGAUGUAACAUUGGACUUAUAAUCCUGAUCGCAACGGAGAAGAAUCUUCAUCAUCCUAUGCAUUUUCUGUUCUGUAACCUUCCAGUGAAUGAUAUACUGGGGACCACUGUCAUGUUGCCACGCUUAUUGCAGGACAUUUUAAAGGAAGCCUCAGAGCGUUAUAUUACAUAUGUGGAGUGUGUUAUUCAAGCCUAUUUUGUGCAUAUAUUUGCAGCAGCAAGCCAUUAUGUGCUAAUGAUUAUGGCCUUUGACAGAUAUGUGGCUAUAUGUAAUCCAUUGCGAUACACGACUAUAAUGACCAAUAAAAUGGUUAUUAAACUAUCAGCAUCAGCCUGGGUGCUGUCAGUAUUCAUCGUGUCUAUUAUGUUAGGUCUCACUAUACGUCUGUCUCGCUGCAGAUAUAAAAUUGAAAACCCUUUCUGCGACAAUGCCUCACUGUUUAAACUGUCCUGUGAAAGUGUGGUCAUAAAUAAUGUGUUUGGAAUAAUUUAUACUGUGAUUGUCUUUACCUUCUCACUUGGGUCGGUGUUUAUAACAUAUACCAAGAUUGCUACUGUAUGCAUAACCAGCAAAAACAAAUCACUCAACAGCAAAGCCAUAAAAACCUGCAGCACUCAUAUUGCUGUUUAUAUCAUCAUGUUUGUUUCUUGUGCCACUAUGGUUUUUCUUCAUCGUUUUCCUGAAUACUCUGACAGCAGGAAAUUAUCUAGUAUAAUGUUUCACAUUGUACCUCCAGGACUAAAUCCUAUAGUAUAUGGUCUACAAACCAAAGAAAUAAGACAAAAGUUUGUAAAGUUUUGGUACAUAAAUAAAGUUAAUCACAAAAAAUAAAUUGUAAAAUAAAUAAAAAGACGAUCUGAGCCAAAUUUGGUAAAGAUAUUAUGAAUGUUGCAGAAAUACACAUUGUAUGUGAACAAUUUUUGUCAUUGACUAUACCAGUAAUUGUCUGCUUCAUAUCUGUAAAAUCAGCUUGAGUAGUUUUAGCUGAUUAUUGUUUUUGAUAAUGCAAAACAACAAAUUGUGUGUUUGAUAUGGAAUAAUUUAUUGAGAGCAGAAUGAAAACCAGCUCUUGACCAAAUAGCUUUUGUAGCAUAUUUUGUUCAGUUUUUUUGUUUUACAUUUGAUCACUUUAUUCUGUUUAUUAUUUCUUCCUUGAAUAGGCCGAACAAAAAGAGGCCCUGUUUUUAAAGAUGCCCUGUUAUGCAAGAUUCCUUUAUUGUUUCUGAACAUAUUUAUGUUUCCGCAAUGAAUGUACACAACCACCCUUUGUGGUAAAAAUCCAUCCUCUCCAUUUUGUCAUUUUACCCAUAAAUGUAAAACAGUGGCUGUAUCCGAAAUCGCCUGCUAUAUACCCUCAUCCUGCAUUAGUCCACUAAUUUAGUUCACUUGAGGGAGUGAAUGAAGACAAGUGAGUGAACUAGGUGAAUUAGAACACGGACACUUUUGCAUAGUUUGUGUUUGCUGUUUAAUAAUUAUUUGAAACUUAGAAAAACUGUAUGAAAAGAUUUAUCUUGACCUUUGUCAUGGAGACUAUAUGAGCCUUAAUUAAACAUUGUUAUAAUCAAUUAAAAGGAGUUAAUACCUGUAUGAUAU